GUCCAUGUCAACUCGCCGCCUAGACAGACAGAGGACGCGCAGUAGCCUGAACUGCUAUUCUUUUACGUGCUGAGUCUGACACUUCACUCAAACACUGAAUGGGAGUGCGUUGUCUAUCGUAUGGCAAAAGAGGCGAGACUUUAUCUGAAGAACGUUUUCUCUUAAAAACAGGAUUUUCAUUUUAGCCAACCGCCGGACUUUCGCUGUGAGGUGCAUUGCAUUUUGGAGUAGACCACUGGUUAUGCCGCAAACGAUUCCCUGCGCUAUUCUCCGAUAUCAGACUUGCACUUGAGAGAUAGUACAGCAAAGCGAAACGAUCAUAAUUAUCCUAACCGACCAGACACUGGAAAUAACUGCACGAGUCCUGCCAGUUAAGUCCUCCAGGUGCGUCUCGGGACGGACGGACUCGAUGCUGCGCACGAUAGACACAGGACUGCUCUAACGGGACCUGGCGUCUCCAAAACUGUCCAACUUGUCCUCGUAAAAGCAGUCAACAUGAUUCUUCUUGGAGUGCUACUGAAUAUUGUCAUUAGUGGUACAGUGCAGGCAGUGGCGCCCCCUAUAGACUGCCUGGAGGCGGAGCAGGCGUGCGUGGUGGACGCGGGCUGUGUGGAGGUGUACCGCGUGCUGGAGUACUGCUCAGCCGAGGAGGCAGUGGCCCCCCUGGGCCCCGAGGCCCGCAGGGAGUGCCUGGAGGCCCAGAGCACACUGCAGUACUAUCGCCCCCUGCAGGAGUGCAAGUGCCACCGCGGUUCGCGACGCGAGGAGCUCUGCCUCGAAGUCUACUGGACCUGGCCCGGCCACGCUUAUGAUGAGUACGAUGUGUCCCCGUAUGCUGACCUGGAGUUGGCGGUGGUCAGGAACAUUGAGCUUUCACGCAUGGCCUCCAUGAUCGCAGUCUCCUCCCUCCCUCUGGACGGACAGAACCAGUGCCUGAAGGCGGCCCAGGACUGCGGCCUGUACGAGAAGUGCGGCUCGCUGCGCUCUGAGUACGUGGUGGCGUGCACCAAGGUGUCGCCGGGCUCCAACGGCUACUGCAACCGGCAGAAGUGCCACCGGGCGCUGCGGCGCUUCCUGGAGCGCGUGCCCGAGGAGUACGUCUUCUCCCUGCUCUUCUGCUCCUGCACCAACGAGCUGUGCGCUGAGCGCCGCCGCAAGACCAUCGUGCCGUCCUGCUCCUACGAGGAGCGCGACAGCAAGCCCAACUGCCUGAGCCUGCAGGGCUACUGCAUGAGGGACGAGCUGUGCAGAUCCAGGUUGGCAGAUUUUCAGCACAACUGUCAGUCGUCAGCACACUCCCCGACGGGCUGCAUGAGAGAGACUGGCACCGUGUGCCUGAAGGCCUACGCCGGACUCAUAGGCACCAUUAUGACCCCUAACUAUCUCAGUAACAGCAGUAAGGAUGUGGCCCUGUGGUGUAGCUGUGAGGGCAGUGGCAACCACUGGAGUGACUGUCAGAGAGUCUUCAACAUGUUUACCAGCAACAGCUGCCUCAAGAAUGCCAUCUCCUCAUUGGGCAGCAUCCCAGUCCCCACACCCGAGACCACACCCGCUCCCACCUUCCAUCCAUCGCCACACAUGCAACAGGACCACGGCAACGGCGUCACCACUAGCAACGGCCUCGACAACGUCAAGGUCAUCGCCCAUGGAAACGGCCACCUGAACCACAGCGCCAACAGUUUGCCAGGCUUGAGAAGAGACGAAGAGGCAGAGGAGGAGGACGAGGAUGAGGAUGAGGAGUUUAACGUGAUCCCCCCCUACUCUAAGAAGAAGUCCAGCACAGGGGCGGAUGCCUGGGGGGUCCACCGGGGGAGUGCCCCCCCCUCCCCGCGCCUCCAGCCCACAGCCCUGCUACUGCUGCUGGUCAGCAGUGCCCUGGGUCUGGGCUAUCUGGGUUAGAUAGAGGACCCCCUGGACAAACACACACACACACACACACACACACACACACAUACACACACACACACACACACACACACACACACACACAUG